UCUCUCUCUCUCUCUCUCUCUCUCCUAAGUAUAACUAAACUAAUAUAUAAAAAAAAUGUCUGGGGUUUGGGUAUUCAACAAUGGUGUGAUCCGCCUCGUCGAGAACCCGGCGACAGACACGAGCAAUGCCCGGCGCAAGGUGUUGGUCCACCUACCAACCAAUGAGGUGAUCAAAUCCUAUUCAUCACUUGAGCGCAAGCUCGCUGCACUCGGGUGGGAGAGGUACUAUGACAACCCCGACCUCCUCCAAUACCACAAGCAAUCAUCAGUGGAUCUCAUCUCCCUCCCUAAGGAUUUCUCCAAGUUCAAAUCCGUCCACAUGUACGACAUCGUCGUCAAGAAUUCUAACGUUUUCGAGGUUAGGGAUAUGUAGAUUUCGUAUCCAAAUGAAGAGAGAUGGAAACAUAUGGCCCACCAUCUAGUGGGCCAUCUUCCAUUUUUCUUCAUGUUCAUCUUAUGGUUUGCAAAUGUGUGUUUUGUGUGUCACUUUCUCUACUUCUCUUAUGUAUUUCUGUGUGUGGCUUGCCUAUGUAAUUUCACUGGCUUUUUCAGCAGUGUAAUAGUGUGGUUUUCUUUAA